AUGGCGAAGCACAAGGCGUCGACGAGCCGCCUCAACAAGAUUGAGACGCGCAAAAAGGCGAAGCGCGAGAAGCGCAACCUUCGCGACCGCCGCCGCCGCGCGAUCUCCUUCGCAGUUGCCGCCGCGAAUCUCGGGGCGGAGACGCAGGACCUGCUCGUGCCGUCGACGCAGCAGCAGCGAGCGGCGCCCGCGAAAGCCGGCGGGGAAGCUUCGAAGAAGCGGCGGAAGGCGAAGCCGGCGGGGCUGCAGAUCUACUGGCAUUUGGCCUCCGUGAAACGCGGGCCGCGAGAAACGGCGGCGGUGGCGCUGGUUUCGGAGUUGACGACGGCCCAAAAGGCGUACCUGCGCGCGCAAGGCGGUGGGGAGAAGGGUGCGGGGAAGAAAGAAAAGGGGAUUGUGAAAAACCCUAGCGGAAAUGGGACGGCUAAGGGUUCAUGGCUUAAGAAGGGUUCAGAGGAAGAGAGUUCGGAAGAGGAGGAAAAUGAGGAGAGUGAGGAGGAAGAGGAGGCGAGUGAGGAGGAGACAGAGGACGAAGAGGAGAGUGGGGAAGAGGAGGAAGAGGAGGAUGAUGAAGAGGAGGAAAUGGAAGAAGAGGAGGAGAGCGAAGAGACGAAGGGUGUUUUGAAGCUGGAGGGGUGUUGCGACGAGAUUAAUUACGCCGUUAAGAGGCUGAUUAGAGGCCUUGAGUCGUCCCGCGGGGGCGCAAGACAAGGCUACUCGGUGGCGCUCGCAGCCUGUCUCCGCGCGCUGCCCUCUCUGCACCCGCACCUGCCUGCUAUUGCUGCUGCUGUUCCGUUGCUCAUCCCUCUCCCCAACAACGCCCGGGGAAAGCUCCUGAGGAUUGGCGAGCAACGGUCUUUCCUUGCCGAGCCUGCAACGGUGCUGCUGGUGGCACUGAUUUCGCAGAUGCCCUCCUCUUUCCUCCCGCGUAUACUCGCCCUGCCGCCCAUUUCAGCCUUCCUGGCCCAGCCCCCCUCCGAACCUUCCCCCGAGGCCCUUCACCUGGCGCUCAAGCUGUGGCAGCUGGGGGAGGCAGGGGAGGGGGGAGGAGAAAAAGGAGAGGAGGGAGGAGAGGAGGCAGGAGAGAAAGGAGAAGCGGGGGCAGGGAAAAAUCUGGGGAAAAAGGGGGCGAAAGGGCGGAAAAAUGCUGCUGGAGCAGGGGCGGAGACGGGCAGUGGGAAAAAGUUUUUGGGCGCUCUGCUGGAGCUCUGCCCGCUGCUGCCCCAGUCCGGUCGGGCAGAGGAUUUUUUCAGCGCUGCCCAUCUGGAAAAGCUGCUGCCCGUGCUGCAAAAUAGUUCCUCCUCCCACCCACGCCUGCACGCUGUUUGGGCCUUGCUUCUCGACCGUCUCUUCUCACUCCCUCUCCCCUCCUCCUCCUCGUCCCCACUCGCUUCCCUCCCAUUUCUCUCCCCCGCUUUCUCCAAAUCCUCCUCUUCCUCUCCCCUCCCCUCCUCCGCCCUUUCGUCUUUCUGGUCGAUAAUAGUAGACAGGGGAUUAAUCCCUUCGUCUCACGAGAGGAGGUAUUUGGCUCUUAAUCUCCUCCUCCUCUUAAUCCCGCGCCUCCCUCCCACCACCACGGCCUACGUGAUCCUCUCUCGGCCAAUCACGCGCUGCCUAAUGGACGCGCUGGGGGCGGGGAGCAGGGCGCACCUGUUCCCGCUGAGGGGCGAGGGGGAGAAGGCGUAUUAUGGGUUUCUGCAGUCUGUGUUUACUCAGUCAGGGGAAGUUGUGGGUUUAAGGGGAGAGGAGAGGGAGAUUGGGAGAGGCGGGGACGGGAGGGGAGGGAGAGGAGGGAAGGAGGGGAAGAAGGGAAAGGAAGGAAAGGGGGUGAGUGGGGAUGGGGAGGAGAGAGAAGGAGGAGGGGAGAAGGAGUGGGAGAGAGAGGGAGAGGCGGAGAAAGGGAGUAUAAAGGGAGCGGGUUUGUGGGUGGUGGAGCAGCUAGUUUGGGAGGCAGAGGGGUGGAUGGAAGGGAGGAGGAGAGCGGAUGCUGAGAAUGGAAAGAUGGAAGUUGAGAGGAAAGGGGAGGAGGAGGAAGGGAGUGAGGAGGAGAGUGAGAAAGAGGAGGAAGAAGGGGAGGAUGUGGAGGCAGUUGCAGGAGGGUUGAAAGAGUCACUUAAGCUCGUUACUCAAGCGGAGGAGAGUGAAAGAGGACAGGGGCUGCCAGUCCCUGUCGUUGCUUCUCCUAUGCUUGAGGCUCGGAGGAAGGCUGUUGGGGUGCUCCUAGGGACGCUCCUGCUCUGCAUUCGCAUCCAAACCUCCGCCGAAGCUGCCGCCGAAGCUGCUGCCGAGGCUGUUGCCGAGGCUGGAGCAAGAAGAGAGAGGAGGUGCUGGAGGGAAGAGGAGGAAGAGGAAGAGGAGGAAGAGGAGGAAGAGGGGGAGGAGGGGAGUGGAGAGGAAGGGUCGGAAGAGGAAGAAGGCAGUCAAAAGGAGGAAGACGAAGAGGAGGACGAGGAGGAGGAGGACGAGGAGGACGCUGCAUUGAGAAAAGCUAUCAGGGAAGCGAAUGAAACGAGCGUUCGGAACGGCAACGCCAACGGCAGCAUGAGCGACAGUGACAACGAGGAGUUGAUGGACGAUGCAGCCAUGUUCCGAAUUGAUCAGCACCUGGCCGACAUUGUUCGGCAGAAAGUGGAGGCGGAGACGCGCAGGAAGCGCCGGCAAAGCAUCCUGCUGGGGGAGCACUUCCGCCUGCGCGCUCUCUCCCUCCUCGACACGUGGCUCGCACACGCUCCCAGUACCUACCCUCCCUCGCGACCCGUCACAAGGCAGGAAGCGUCCCACGCACACUCCCUCUUGUUGGAAGAGCCUCGCUCGUUACAAGGCAGGAAGCCUCUCUCGUGCGAUCCGCUGGUGCUUGCCGUGGUGCCGCGGCUGCUCAAGGCAGCAGCGGGGAACUAUGCGGCCAAGGGGAGCUUGAAGGGGGGGAAGGGCGGGGGAGGGGAUUCCCGGGACUGUCCUCUUCCCAUCAACUUUAUCCGUGACACCCUUGCACGCUUCCCUGGGCUGUUUUCCGCUCUCAUUCCGUACUUUCUCAAAAAGUGCGGCUCGGGCAGGUCGGAGUUCGUCCGGGCAGCUGCGAUGAAACUCAUCACGCCGUUCCUGAACCGUUUUCCGCUGCCCGAGGGCGCCGCGGAGGUGCUAUCCGGGCAGGUGGAGAAGGGAGUGGUGGGGAAUCUCCUGAUUGAAACCCUAAAGUAUGAGUAUGGGAAACUAGAGCGGUGGGAGUUGGGAUUGGACUUCUGCUGUGCUCUGCUGCGUUCUGUAGGCCAUGCAGACGAAUCCCUAGCAGCAGCUGCUCGCAACUCGGAUGAAGCAGCUUCUCAGAAGGUUUCGAACGGCAACGAUAGGCUCGAAAGUGAUGGUUCGGGUGCUCCUCCGAAGCUCCUCCAGGCCUUGGAUGUUGAGGGGCUGAAGGCAGCUUCGGCCGAACCUGCGUCGGUGCAACGGGUGAAAGGGAAGGCGAGGACAGGGCAGAUGAUUGCUCAGACUGGAAAAGAUGGUAGGGUUGUGGCAGGGAAUGUGGGGAGGGGUGGGCUGAGAGUGGGGGAGGGCUUUGGGAUGGCCCAAGAUUCAAGAGAGGAGGUAGACGAAGGAAGGAACGUGUGA